AUGUCUAGAGAUAUUUAUCCUUAUUUACAGCAAAUGCGAAACUCAUUUGAUGAGAUAUCUAGAAUCCUUAAAAAUGAUGAGCUGAUUGCUCGAGAAGAAUUAGAGAAACUGCAAAGGGAGCGCUCACUAAUGCUUGAAGAAGUCAUCAAAUUACAGGGGCAACAACAAGAGAGAAUUGCCUCAAGCAGUAGUAAAACUGCUGACACCAACGAAUAUAAGAGUAUUCAAGAUCGAGAUAGAAAAUUGCAGAGUUCAAGUGAAGAUCAUGUUGCUGUUGAAAGAGGAGAAAACUUCAAUAACCGCCAUGAAUCUGGACAGUUUUUGAGAGGUGGAUGUGAAGGUCUCCGUAGUGAUGUGAAAUAUAUUCCCUUACAGUCUCCUUACCCCAUUGAAAGUAAAAAAUAUAAGUUAAACGAUGAGUACCAUAGACUGAUGGCAUACGAAUCAUAUUCCCCACCAAUUCGUCCCGUCAUAGUUUCCUCAUUGAAUGAUUCACGUUUCAGUAAUAUUUAUGUUCACGAUGACGAUAGACAUCAUCUUGUUGAUAGUAAAUCUCCUAAUAAGGAUGAUAUGGUGAAACGACGUGUUCCUGGAAUAUCUUCAACACUUUCUUUUGCUGAUCUUAGAGUGGGGAAGUCAAGUUCUCAUGUAGACACCAAAAGGCGUACUACACCAAUUUCUUCUAAAAAAGAACAAACGUUUUGGAUUAAUAUAUGGCCAUGUUUUGGAACGUUUGCCUCUUCAGUAUGUAAACCUACACGUAUAGUUGUGAAUGGAAGUUACCGCUUCAUGGAACAACUUACUGAAAAGGCAGGUGUUAUGACAGGUUGUCAACCUGCUCCGAGUGUUUUGUAUGAACCAGAUGGUAAAUCCAUACGUUCACUCGCCCAACUUGUUCCUGAGCAACACUACCUGCUUUUUCCUAGUGGUGGUUUUUACCGUAGAGAGGCAUUACCCCAUGCUCUUUUACAAGAACUUGUGCGGGAAGCAAAGAUGGCUCUCAAGAAACGUUGCGAUACCCAUGAGGAUUAA